AUUCUCCUGAUUUUAGCUCUGCUGCUGGGCUUCUUCCUCCACUACAUGUGGAAAGCCGAAGCGGCCUUAAGCAAGCCCUGGAAACCUGACGACAGCUCCCUCGCCUUCAGCAAAAGACCACUCCCCCCGCCAUCCAACGAGACCUUCCUGUCCUCGGCCGGAUAUAAGCUUCCAUUACGAACCAAAGGGCGGGACAUCGUGGACCAAAAUGGCAAGCGCUUCAAGCUCUCGUCAGUCAACUGGUACGGCGCCAGCGACGAGCUUUUUAUUCCGGGUGGGCUUGACGUGCAACACCGCGACGUCAUCGCCAGCACGAUCCGUUCGCUUGGCUUUAACAGCGUGCGCAUGCCGUACAGCGACGAAAUGGUCAUUUCGAACCCGGAAGUCCCGCUGCGCCUGUUGGCGGCGAAUCAGGAUCUCGUGGGCAAGCGCGCCCUGGAUGUGUUUGAAGCGACGGUAACCGCCUUGACGGACGCCGGGUUAGCCGUUAUCGUCAACAAUCACAUCACCACGGCGACGUGGUGCUGCGGCGCUGACCCGUGCGAUGCCGGCUGGGCAAACGAUUUCCUCCCUGGCUCGCUGUGCCGGGUACGACAGACGGAGGCGGAGUGGAUUGACCACUGGGUGACGGUGAUGACCCGCUUCGUCGACAAUCCGCUGGUGAUUGGGGCCGACUUGCGCAAUGAGGUGCGCGGGCUUUGGGGCACCAUGCCGUGGGAGAGAUGGGCUGCGGCGGCAGAACGAGCAGGCAACGCCUUGCUGAGGAUAAACCCGGACUGGCUGAUCAUUGUGGGUGGGACCGAGUCCGGUAACGACUUGACGGGCGUGAGACGUCGGCCGGUCGAGCUUGACGUAGCAAACAGACUGGUGUAUUCGGCACAUGUCUAUUCAUGGAGCGGUUGGGGAAGCAUGGGAGGGCGGUAUUCGAAGCGCACAUAUGCAUCCUUCGUGAAGGCCAUGCGUCAGAAUUGGGGAUACCUGGUGGAAGAAAAUCUGGCGCCUGUUUGGAUUGGAGAGUUUGGCGCGCCCGACCGUCCUGGCAUCGGUGAUGCGAACUACUGGCAGAAUCUCCUGAGAUAUCUUAAGGCGAUCGACGCCGACUUUGGAUACUGGGCCAUUAACCCGCGCAAGCCAAAGGACAACGAGAAAGAGUCAUACUCGCUCGUUGAGGAUGAUUGGGUUACGCCGGUGCUGGAUUAUCGUAUGAAGGACAUGACGGAGCUUAUGAGACAGUGAGUGAUGCUGGUGUCUUUUGGCGUGAUAGCAUUUCUAGGAUAUGGUAUCUGCUCGGAUGUGCGAGCCAGCUUUCCGAAGGUAGUUUGCCGGGCUCACUCGGUUAGAACUAGUUGACGGGUUUGCUGAUAUGAUUUGGGAGUAUUUAUCAUGGCGUUAGGGGGGAAGCGUAAAAGAUGCAAUAUAGCCGACCGGGAAAAGCGAAUAUAUUUGCAGUUACUUUUG